CAACAGAUGAUUUUGAUAAUAUUAGUAUGAAAGGAAGAGAGACAAAAUCAAAUAAAGGAGUGUCAAGGAUCAGUGAUGAUUGUGAAAAUAUGGUAAAAGGACCAAAGGAUGUAAAUACUGGCUCCAAGGCUUCAGUUCGAGAUGCAGGCAUUUCUAAGGCUGAAGCUGUAGACUUGAAAACAGAAGCGUUUAAAAAGGAAACUGGAAAAAUGAAUGAUAGAGAGGUACAGAACAAAUUAGACAAUGUUACUAUUGACAAAAUAAAUGCUGGAGCUAAAACUGAAUCCCAAUCUAACAAGAAAUUUGACUCUGUAAAAAUGACUGAAGUUGAUGUGGAGGUGAAGAAAAAUGAAAAGGAGGGAACGAAUGACAAAGAAAAGCAGUAUUUGAAAUGCAGUAAAGAUAAAGCUAGUGAAGAUUGUGAGGAGAGAAGAGCAAGAAGUGGACAAAGAGAGGGGAGAGGUCAGAAUAGGAGGCUGGUCAGUGAUCAAGAGGAUAGAAGAGACAGACGCUCAAGGUCAAGGACUCCAGUCCGGUUUCUUCUGGUCUCAAACAAACUAGAGACAUCUGGUAGCAAGGAUUCACCCUGUUGUGUUAAAGAUCAUUCUAGUACAGAUAGAAAAGCAACUACUAAAUCAAAUGAGAGUGAUCAUAUGACCAGCAAAUCACAGAAAAUCAAAACAAUAAAAGAUGUUGAUGAAGAGAUUGCUACAGAAGCACAAAAGAAAAAGGUUCCAAAUGAAGAAAGUUGGUCAGAUGAAAAAAUAUCUCAAGUUAAAAUUCAGAGGCAGAGUCAUAACACUUCAAAAGAAACAAUGUCAUCAAUUGAUAAGAUAUCCAAAGCUGGAGGUGAAAUUCAAGCAAAAUCCAGUGAUAUCAAACAAACUGAAACCAAGAAAGAUGCAGGACAGACACAUUCUAGUACUGAUAGUGAGAAAGUUCAAAUAUCAGAAAAACAUGCAAAAAUUGUUGUUGGAAGCUCUAAAUCUAUUAUGGAACCAGAGAACACCAAGUCUAUGUCAUCCUUUCAAGAUGAAACAGAAUUCAAUCAUGACACCCUGAUGAGCAGAAAGAAAAAAUUGGCUCAGGAGAGAACUGUACAUGGAAAAACCUCCAGUAGUGAUUGUAAAGUUAUUACUUUGACUCUAAAACCUGUUGCUCAAGAAACGAAUCUUGGUGAAAUCUCUGUUGUAAAAAAAGAGGACAGUGCUGUAAACACCAAGAAAAAUUUAGCAGGGGAUGCAAACAAGUUUAUGCAGGGAUCAAAAGAUGAUACAAAAAGCUCGCCAAUCUCGAAGGAAGUUUCUUUCCUAGAAGAUAAAAAGGCAACAGGAAAAGAAAUUCCAGUUAUUGUGAUCAAAGAUGAAGUUGUUAAAAGAAAUGAUUUAGAAUCACCAAAGGCUACUGAUAGUAAAGACAGAACAGAUAAUCAGUCAAACUUUGGGUUUAACAGGGAUAGACUCUUUGCCAAACUUGAUCCAAGAGGUUAUAAAAUGGAGAACUUAAGGAGAAAAAGUAGUUCAAGCUCAGAUUCUUCCCUGAAAAGCCCUGAUGUUUUCAGUGAAGGGAAAAUUUCUCCUGAUCCAUUUUCAUCUGGUCAAUACACUUCAUUUGAAUAUUCUACAGAAAAAGAAUUAACCCAUAAGAAGGAAGGCAUGAGAGUUAUCAGCUCUUCGAAAGAUACCAAAGAAUCAAAGAAAGGUGGACAAAUUUUGCCUGAACUUUUGCCACCUUCAGAACCUGUUUUGCAGAAAGCAAAACAAGAUCCUGCUCAGAGUAAUAUACAGAUAGCUGAAGAAUUGGACCAAAGAAAGCCUAACAAAAAAGUAGAUGAGGGCCCUGCAGCCACUCAGAAUGAGAAAAAACAAAAUUCUACCGAUCAUAACUCAAUGUCUAAAAGCGUCAAAGACAAUAGUGGGCAUUAUAAAAGUGAUGAUACUAAACCUUCUGUACUUGAAAGUGAUACAAACUCUGAUAGAGCUGACACGAAAAGGACAGAAUCAAAAACUGUUGAUGACAGAAAGCAAGCAACCCAAAAGGAUCAGACCAACACAACUUUCAAAGAUCUAAUCAGAAAGACAAGAUCAAGACUGCAUGGUGUAAGUGAUGAUUCAGAGUCAGACCAACAGAACAAUACCAUCAGCAAACCACAGGAACUGAGUCCAAAACCAAUGAAGAAACAAGAAAGUCCAGAUAUAGCAAAACACUUGGAAAGUAAGUCAAAUGCAGUUGAAAAGUUGUCAUCACAAGAGCAUAAAUCACUAGGUAGUGAAAGGAAUAGUAAAAUUGGAUCAGAAAAUAGAAGUAAAUCCUUGUCUUCUUCAGAAGGCUCUGACACAAAAGUUUCAUUUAAUCCAGGAGGAACAAGUAUGAAGAUGCUGAAUGACUCAUCAUUAAAGGGAGGUGAUACAAAAAUUGGAUCUCCAUUAACAAAAUUGAAGGAUACAAAAACAAAAAUGAAACAAUCAGAAGUAGAGUCUGACUUUAAGACCCAAAGUAAAGAAGUUCCUGUUUCACAAAUACUCAACACCAAGGUCUUGGAUAAAUCUGCUGCAAAAGGAGGAGAGAGUAAGCAAUCUGAAAAAGAAUUCGAGCAAAAAAUUGUAAAAGAUAAAGAUGGUCAAAAAGAAAUCCUGUUUGAACCACAAAACAAACUCAGAUCAACAUCAGAAACCAAUGAACAGUCUGUCAACUUGACCACAAUAAAAACAGAGAAGCUAGAGAAUACAAAAAAUUCUGUUGAUAAAAACAAACUGACUGAGUCAAGUGUGUCAACUGGAAAUCUGGGAGAGAGCAGUUCAAACGUUAAUCAACCUAGGAAAGCUGAAGUGAGUUCUAAUUCCAGUUCAAACAUCACAACAAAAGGGAGUGAAAGUUCUAAAGAUAGUGGAAAAGACAAUUUAGUGUCUAAUAGGUCUGAUGUCAAAGAGAUGACUAAAAUGACAGAGAAUAGAAAUGAGUUGUCAUCAAAGAGUGUUACUAAAUUAGGGUCCCCAAAACAGAGAAGAGAAAAGCAAGCACUAUCAGAUGACAUCACUCAGAUGACAGAUAUUAAAGUAGACUUGAAGCAAGCGAGGGCAAAUUUACAGAACAAAAAGAAAGACAAGGUAGCAAGUACUGAAAUUACUGCAGAAAGCAGAGAAGGAAUCGUUGGAAAGAAGUCUGUGACUGAUGGAAAUUCAAAAAUACAUGAAACUACAACUAUGGCACCUGAAAGCCCAUCAAUUAUAUCAUCAGUAGAAAAAGAACAGAAAAUUAGCUCACCUAAAUGUCUGCCUAAACUUGAGAAAACUGAACAAGUUGAUAACUUUGAAAAAGAGACCAUAAGUCCGACACUUACCAAAAGGAGGACGGACAAUUCAAAACAGAAUGUUAUAGAUAAUAAAGAUACAGCAGGGUUUAAGGAUGUCAUUGGCAAUUUGAAAGCAAGUCUUAAGACAAAGCCAAAGGAUACCAAAUCACUAGUAUCAGAAAAAGAAAGCACAAACAUUUAUCAACUGAAAAAAUUGGACAAUAGUGCUCAACAAAAAACUCAAGAAAAACAACUUUUAGAAGAUAAAAGCAAAAAGUUUACAACUGAAACACGGAAAUAUGACAGCACUGACAAACAGAAAGAGUUUACAUUCAAAAAGGGAAAAGAAGCCAAAGAAAGAGAUAUGUCAAAGACCCUUGACCUUGAAAAUGACAAAAAGCCUUCAUUAGAUAAAUUGCAAGAUGAACGAAAAGAACAAAAAUUGAAAAUGAACAUUAUAAAGUCAGACGUCAUUGUUUCUGAAUCUGUUUCUACAACAAUUGAAAAAGCAGAAGAAACUGAUGUCACAGACAAAAAAUCUAAUGAGAAAAAGUCGGAUGAGAGGAAAAUGGACAAAAAAGCUCAAUUGAAUGAAUCAGUGCAAACAAAAAGUGAUGAUAUAUGUCUGAAGGAUGUAAUUAGUCAAACCAAAGGAAAGCUUCAAAAGCCAUCAAAAUCUAUCAACAACAAAACAGAUCAAUGUCAAGAUGUUAAACAAAGUAAACCAGGUGACCAGGAUCCCAUAAAAGAUAAGGAACCAAAGGGCAGUAAAACAAAAUCUCAGAUUUUCAAGGACAAUGAAUCAGUAGGUAGAGAUCUAAAGGACAGUAAAGCCAGAGCCCAAAAUGUCAAGGAUGAUAAACCAGUUGAUCAAGAUCUUAUUGAUAAGGAUAGUAAAACCAGAGACCAGUGUCUCAAGGACAAGAAGUCAGUAGACAAAGAUCUGAAGGACAGAGGAGUGAAAGGUGUCAAGGACAAUAAAUCAAUUGAUCGAGAAAUUGAAAAAAGUAAUGCCAGAGACCAGUGUAGCAAGGACACAAGAUCAGUGGGUCAAGAUCUGAAAGACAUCAAGGACUUCAAGGACAAUAAAACCACAGUCAAAGAUCUCAAGGACAUUAACACAAAGGUCCCAAAUUUCAAUGACAAUAAGUCUAGAGGUCAAAAUCUCAAGGAUAUUAAAUCAGUAGGUCUAGAUCUCAAGGUCAAUCAGUCCAAGGUCGAGGAUUCAAAAGACAAUAAAGUAGGCGUUGGUGACAGUCUUAAGGACAAUAGACCAGGGAGUAGAGAUGUAACUCAAGGACACAUUAAUCUGGAUCACAAGAAAACAGGGGGCACUAAAGAUAAAGACAUUAAAUUAGGUGACAUAAAACUCACUGGUAAUAAAUCCGGAGGUUUAGAUACAAGAGACAGAGAACUAGAAUCUAGAAAUCAAGAGGACAAAAAAUUAGUUGUCUCAGAUAUUAAGAAUACUGAGAAAACAACUACAGGAGGUCAAGAUCACAAGAAAAGUAAUGAUAAAACAGGUGGUAGGGACAUACAGGUCAAGAAAGUUGGACAAGAAAAUUUCAAGGACAGUGAAAAGAAAUUUCAGGGUCAUAAGGACUAUAUUACAGCUCGGGAUCCAACUGAUAAAUUAAAUGCUAAUUUUUUCAAGGAAGAUAAGGAGAGAGGAAUAGAAAACAAAGAGAAAAGCAAUUCAGUGAAUGUUAAAAAUUAUGCAGUAAAAGAAACCAAAGCUUUAGGGUCAAACUCAACUGACAAUGCAAGUUCAGUUAAAGAUUCAGCAUUAACCACUAAAAGUGUGGAAACUAGAGAUUUGAAAUUAAAUGAAAAUAAUGCUUUUGACAAGAAAACUCAGAGAAAUCCAAACCAAAUAAACAAAUACCAGACUGAAUUGGAAGAUGCUCAAAAAAGAACGGCACCAAGUAAUAACUUGUCUAAAAAAUUAGCAAAUAAAGAUCCUAAAGAAAGAGCACAGUUAGAUAAAAGUGCAUUAGACAAUGUGACCAAUAUAAUGGAUAAACAAACCACAGAAGUGAGCAUCAAACAGGAGGGAGAGAAAUCUAAAAAUAGACAUCACACAAGCAAGACAGCAGAUGGUAAAACAAUUGUACCGGACACAGGCAACACAAAAAGUAUCUCAUCCUCUGACGUAAACCUUCACUCACAAGCAGACGAUAAGGUUCACAGUACACAGAACACAAGAUCCAGUGCAAAGGAAUCAAAACUUGUCAAUCAAGAAAAAGAAUCAAAUGAGAUGUGCCAAGGUACAUCAAUGCUAGGCACACACAGGAAAAAGCAAUCUAAUGCUAAAAAUGAAGUAGAGGGUAUAGGGGUCACAGAUUCACUGAGUAAUUUAGAUAGAAAGGAAGCGACAAGUUAUUCCUUAACAAAGCUGAAAACAGCACGAGAGGCAGACAGUAACACUGAGCUGAAGAAACCCAGCAGAGUACGUCAGAAUGGAGACAAACAGGAUUCGUCGUCAGAGAAAAAACAUGUGAAUAAUGCUAACGUGCAGGAUCCACCCCAGGAGAUCAAAAGUGUCAAUAUACAGCCGAGAAUCUCAGCUAAAAAUAGAAGUGUUAACUCGACAGAAGCCACACAUGACGUAUCAAAAAACAAUAAAAGUACUAAAGCAAAAACAGAUGUCAGUGAAGAGUCAGGCAAAAAUAAGGACAGUGGUACAGCUAGGAAAAAGGCUAAAGUACUGAGGGAGUUUGUUACGAUAAAUGAUGUCACACCUGUUAGUUACACUGAACAUGCAGAAGUGAAAAUGAAGGAUAUACAUGAAUCAAGGGUAAAUGAAUCCAUCAUUGCCAGAAAACCUGAUGAAAAAGUUGUGAAAAUAGAGACAGGGGAUAUCAAGGAUUGUGAAAGUAAAUCCCUAAAAAUGGAGGAAUUAGACUUAAAGGAGAAUAAUAAUGAAAAAUCAUUGAAUUUGCCAAAGAUUUCUAUGACUAGCUCUGUGAACUCAAAGAAAAAGUCAGAUUUGGAUUCUACUUCAUUACAGGAGAGUGAGAGGACUUUGUCACUCAAAGAAAGUCAACCCAAUGAAGACACGGAGACAAGCACUGGAAAUAAAACCAAGUCAAACAAAAUUGACCUUCUGCAGACCAAAACAAAGGGCAGGCAUAAAUUUGUGUUGCCAGCUUUGAAGUCUGCAAAGGCAAAAACAGAUGUUAAAUCCAAAAAUGAAAAUGAAGAUGUUUAUGAGAGUGGAAAUGACAAUGGGGUAAAUAAAAAUGGGCUUAAAGGAAAGAUGGGGGGAACUUGUACAGGAAAAACCGAUAAUAAAGAUAUCAUUGAAAGCACAAAGAUUGAUGAGAAAAAGUCUACCAGGGGAGAAGCAACACCUAAAAGUACUCUGAAAGUUACAUUUGAGACUGAAGAAAAUUAUUCCACGGAGAGUGAAGUAAAUGGAAGCCAUCAGACUAAACAUCAGAGUAACAUCAAAAACACACAGUAUGGCAAAGAAGUUAAACACUCUAGUGGCUCACCAAAACAAACUAGAAAGAAAAUGGCCACUGCAGGGAAUGAAUCAGCUGUUCAGGAAACACAGAAAAAAGUUCAAUUUAAAGAUGUGGAUAAAGAUUAUCAAAGAAAAGUGUAUGCACAGGAAGUAGCAAAGAAAAUACAAACCUCUAUUAUUGCUGAAAUGAGAAAUAAACUGAGGUCUAAAGCAACAGCCAUUGAAAAGCAUCAAGAGAGGAUCAAGGCAAAGGAGUCAAGAGCAGUUGAUAAUACUCCAGAACCAAAAGUACCAGAAACAACAAAUGAAUCAGAGGUCAAAGGUAGACCAGAAAUGUUAAAAAAAUCUAGAGCUGUGACAGGAGUAGGACUGGAUAAAAAUGUUCACUCGUCAGAAACGGAGAAAACUAUACAGAAGGUCAGCAGUUUGGGAGAAAGUUUGAAAAAACAAGAAAAAGAACCAUCUAUAAUCAGUUCAAAUGAGAAACAAGAAAAAGAACCAUCUAUAAUCAGUUCAAAUGAGAAAAAACAUUUGGUCAUAGAAAGUCAGGGAAAUGUCAAGUCCAGGCAAAAUGAAGGACAAGUCACAAACAAAGAAACAAAAUCUAUCCCAUCAGAUGAGACGAAAAUUAAAAUCCCACCGAAAAAGGCCGAGGUGAAACUUGAGACAGAUAAAAAAGUGAAUGAAUUCAAGAAAGACAGUAAGCUUAAUGAAAAGGACAUCCAGAUAUCUAAAGGUGUCGAAUCAAAGCAUGACAAUGACAUUCAGUUUAUAUCUACCAGUUUUUCUGGACCAGAAAAUGAUUCAGUUUCAUACAAGGGACGGGGUGAUAAAUCUUCAGCAAAUCUUGUAAACAAAAACCAUACAGAUGUGUGUGAGGACAAAGAUAAGGAUGCUGAGGUAAAGCUGUCUGACAAAGGCUUUUUUAAUGUUUCAAAAUACAUCACAAAUACCAAAAUACAGGAGUUUAAGAAGAAACUGAACACAGAUGUGACACAUUCCAAGAAGGAUGAGAAGGAUAAAUUAAGUGAAAAAGACAUCCAGAUAUCUAAGGGUGUUGAACCAAGGCAGAUAAAUGACAUACAAUUUAUCUCUACAAGUUUCUCAGGACCAGACUCACCUACCAGCAAUUCCACAGGAUCAAAAGAGGAUCAGAAAUCCCCAGAAUUAACAUAUAAAAGGUUUGAUUUUGAUGAAAGUUCCGAGAGCAAAUCUCUAAGCUCUGACUCCACGGUGAAAGAAGAACAAGUUUCUGAUGAUGAGGUGGAAAACACAACUAAUGAAGAUAUCAUGGCAGAACUGAGGAAGCUCCUUCCACUUGAGAUCUUCAGUUCGCGGAGGAGGCAUGUGGAGGAGUCCUCGAUUGAGGAUGACACUCCCUGUGACUGCUGUGAGUGCCAGGGCUCCAGUGAUGAGGAGUACAGCGUAGAUGGGAGGAUACCUCAGCUCUCAGUGAUUGGAGAAGAGGAUGAGGAGGCAGUCUCUGUGUUUGAUCCGGACAAUGAGGAGAUGGAGUUUCACAGGAAAUUCAUGGAGAAGGUUUAUGGACGAAAUCCCAGAGCAUCUAAGGUCUUCAAUCCUGGAGUAAUUGUAGAGUCGGGUUCAGACUCCUCAGAAAAUGGGGAGACAGAGGAGCAAGAAAUUGAGGAGUUUGAGGGCAGGAAGAAACCUGUGUUUGACAUUGAGGCUUUCCUGAAGUACACUGGGAAUGUUGAGGACUGGCUCGAGAGAAUUGAGGAUUUGGGUAAUAUCCCAGGCAUGCUCCCUGUCACCAUGUACCAUAAACUGACCAAAUGCUGCCUUAAGUUACACACUGAAUGUUGUGAAGGCAUGCUAAGUUUGCUGCCUCAAUUCAGACGGUUUUUAUUUUAUCUCUCCAAUGUAAUGCAGUGAAGACAGUGUGCCAUCUUACAAUCAUCUAACACAUUGAGAGAUAACCUGUCUAAUUUCUUUCAAACUAAUGUAACCAUUACAACUUUCAUCUAAUAAGGACCGGUCUUUAUCUUCCCAUCUCCACUGAAUAGCAAGAAAUGUCAGCAAUACUUAUACUUUACUUGCUGAUAUCUGGACCCAUUUAUUUCCUGUUUUCCCCCUAUAUUAUGGAUUAGCCAGGCUUAUCACUUGGUUACUUCAUUGCAUAUUUUCAGCCUAUAUCAGUAUCAAGUUUUCUAUGUCCACUUCAUUUUGUUUAUCAUUUUGUAUCUAUUGAUUUGGUUAAAAAAAUGAAACAUUUUCUUUAUAUGCAUACUUUAACUCUCUGUUUUUAUUUAUAAAAACCAAACUUUUAAUAUACUAAUUUUUCUAUAAUCUCUAGUUUGGUCCUUACUUUACAGUACCUAUUAUUUCUUCUAAUUGACUCUGCCCACUCUUUGAAAUCUUUAGUUUGUCCCAUUGAUUUGAUGUCUUGUUUCCUCCUCCUCUUG